UAUUUACAAACAUUUUAAGUUGUAGUCGCUGUGAAAGUCAGAUAGAAAACAUGAGCAAACUCGACGAUCUAUUGGGUAAGAAGAAGGAAAUAGUUCCAGUUUUGGAUCUAUCCAAAACCAUUGCUCACACAAAAGAAGAAUACAAACGGUUACAGGAACGAAUUCCAGACUACAAGAUGCGGCCCAUUAAGGUACGAAGCGACGAAAUAAAAAUCAAAGACAAAGACUGGGGAUUCAAAACGCCCAAAAAAGAGAUAAAAUAUUUGUGCCGACAUAAUGGCGAACGUGAGCGAGCGUACGUGUAUUUAGAUCCGAUACCCGUGGAAAUGCGGCAAGUUGUCAUAAUGGAACUGUGUGCUGUUCCGAUCGAUUGGAAAAUGUUGACAAUAUUGAGACCCAAAUCGAAAGUUGAGGAGGAUUAUUACAGCAAGAUUAUUGAAUUGGGGAAACUUCAAUUGAAAACCGAUCUCAAAGACAAACGGGAUUACGCAUUGAAUCCUGCCAUCAAAAAAGUGAAAAAUAAGUCUGGUGUAGUGGAAUCAAGAGUGCUAACUUGUCCUGAAUGUAGCGAGGAAUAUUGUAAUGGCAGAGGCUGUUGUGACUUCAACUACGACCUAUACACUCGAAUCGUUCCGAAACCACCGCCCAAACCGAAACCAACAACUGUCGACGGAUCAAAGGCAUUAGGUGGCAAAAAGAAAAUCAAAAGCGGCAAAUUUGACAAAAAGAAAGGCAAACGGGAACGCAGUAAAAGUCCGCCGAAGAAGAAGAAAAAUUGA